AUGGGUGCUGAUAGUGCGCUGGAUUUACCGUCCGGUUGGCUAUACAAGUGGACAAACUAUCUGAAGGGUUAUCGCAAAAGGUGGUUUGUUUUAGAGAAUGGUUUGUUUUCUUACUACAGGUACAUGCCGACCACGACUAACUUCUUGCUAAUUAGUAAUGCCAGUGCGGUAUCUCAUACCUGCAUGGGAACGAUUGACUUAACAAAUGUUACAAUUUCCCAGAAAAAUUCGCCAACGUCUUUUGUUUUACGUGAGAGUCGUGGCCGUUCGUACCAUCUGAAAGCCUUGAAUGAACAGGAUAAAAGACGCUGGCUUGCAGCCCUUACUUCUGCUAAGUCAAAACUUCUCCAAAGUAUUAAUGACCCUGAAUCUGAUAGUUGUUCGGACGACCUAAAUUCUUACGUACCUUCGCGACACUCCGCAGGCAGUAACAAACUUGUCCAGAACAAUUGUGCUUCCAAUUGGCGCUCUUUCCGUCCCUUUCGACGACGCCAUCGCCAGAUCAUUUCCGUUGCCUCCGUAUCUGAGGGCUCCGCAGCUGUUGAUUCAACUGCUCCAGAGGUCACGACAGCAUGUUCGAUGGUCAAUCGGUCACGUGUUGUAACAACGGCUGUGGGCGAAGUGGUGCCCUCCGAUUCUGAAUCCGGACCUCCCAUGGCUAAUGGGUCACGCCUAGUGAAAAGCACUGUGAAGGGUAUCGCAUGCCUUCAGAGACUACCUACCUCCUCUCCCUCUAUUCCUAUCACCUAUUCCCCUCACCGACGUCGUUGUACAGUCAAUUCUGGCUUGACUAAUGAGUUACGCGUCACUCGGGAGUUCCAGCAUCACCUCAAUGCCGUCGACUCGGCCUUCGAUAAUAUGGUCAUUCAAGCCAAUCAUGUCCUCGGCUUUAUUGGCGGAAUGACAAAUGCCUCUGAAGGGGAUAGUGAUAAAAGUUCUGUCACUGUUUCUCUUUCUGCGUUGGCCAAUCUUCAGUCCAUUAUGGACGAGCUUAUAAAGACCUGUCAAAAGACUAUGGUGGCGUGGACAGCCUCCACGGAGUUGUUCCAGCGUCGGUUGGCGACAGAGUACGACAAGUCUUCACGUCUGGAACGAACUGUAGAGCAAUUGGCCAAGCAGCAUCGGGCGUUGGAGACGCAGUUCUACUCCAGCUACACCUCCCUCACCAGCAACCGAACUACCUCCCCGCUUUCAUCCGAUCUUCGCGGUCCCUCCCCUGCCGUCUUCCAGCGCGACGCUGCCCGACGAAUGCACUCAUUCAGCAGCUUAGAUGAUGUGUUCUACGACGCCGAGAGUACCGUUUCGUCGCCCCCGAGCCGUGUAGGUAGGAGUAGUUACGACGGCGGCACCAGCAAUGACGCGAUGUUGCUACACCCAUCGUUCGCCUCUCUGGGCAGCCUUCGCAACGUGGACGAGUCAUCGGGCAGCGACGAAGACGAUCUGGUCACCGCUGCCGUCGAGGAAGGCAUCUUUGCGGUCCCUGGGGGGCGACCUGCCUUCAACACUACCGCCUGCACUCCCCCCACCACAGCUCGAAUGAAUAGGGCAGGGGAUCGGGGAGCGAAGGAUGAGGACUCGAACGAGGGAAGAGAUGGUGUUGCCAGGUCUCCGGAGGGCUCUGCAGUGAGUCCCAGACAUCAGCGCCGGACCUCCAUACCACCUCGACCGCGCAUCUCCCUGAAUCUCUGGGGUGUGCUAAAGAACUGCAUUGGCAAGGAGCUCUCCAGAAUACCUCUUCCGGUGAACUUCAACGAACCGCUAUCCUUUCUGCAACGCGUGACAGAGGACCUGACUUAUUCCAAGUGCCUCGACGAAGCGGCUCAGGUGGCAAACACCGAUCCGGUGGGACGAAUGGCGUGGAUCGCGGCAUUUUCAGUCUCCUGCUAUGCCACUACUGCGGUGCGCAUGAGCAAACCCUUCAAUCCCCUCCUUGGCGAAACUUACGAAUGCGAUCGCUCCGACGACUUUGGUUGGCGCAGCUUCGCUGAGCAGGUCAGUCAUCACCCACCGGUGGUUGCCCAUCACUGUGAGUCCAUUCGCUACGGCUGGAAGUUCUGGCAGGAGUUCACUGUGAACAGCAAAUUCCGUGGCAAAUAUCUUUCACUUAUACCUAAAGGGGGUACUCAUCUCCUCUUCAAGGAUGGUCAGCACUAUACGUGGUCCAAGGUGACAAUCACGGUGCACAAUAUCAUCGUAGGGCGGCUGUGGGCUGAAAUUCACGGCGAGACCGUGAUAAAGAACCACAACACCAAUUACACCUGUCGCAUGCACUACGAGGCGCACUCUUACUUCUCCCGUGACCCAGGUCGACAGGUGAGUGGUUUCAUCUAUGACCCUUCGGGCACUUUGGUGUACAAACUCAGCGGCAGGUGGGACAACCACGUAGAGGGCUGCGCCGUAUCCCCAGAUGGAACACCCAAGGGCUCAUCCACUGUGCUUUUGGUUGUUGAACCGCCUCCUCCCAACUCCGAAUCGAUGUACAAUUUCAAUCAACUUGCCAUUGAGUUGAACGAACCCGAGCAGGGCGUUGCGCCUACUGACUCGCGUCUCAGACCAGACCAGCGGUUGAUGGAGCUCGGCCGGUGGGACGAGGCGAACACUGAGAAGGAGCGCCUCGAGGUGAAACAGCGACGCAAACGACGCGCAUGGGAUCUCUUCGAGGCAGGAGAGGAGCCUCUAGAUCCCGAAUGUGGGCCACCAUACACUCCGGUCUGGUUCUCCUCCACCCAUGAUACCUACUUCGACGAAGACUGCCACGAAUUCAACGGGACAUAUUGGGUGGCGAAGGCGAAGCAGGACUGGUCAAAGUGUCCCAACAUCUUCUAG